AUGGUCUGCGAUGACUCCUGGGACCUGGCAGAUGCUGAGGUGGUGUGUAAGCAGCUCCAGUGUGGGACGGCACUCAACGCGUCAGUGUCAGCCUCCUUCGACCAGGGGACCGGAUCCAUCUGGCUGGACGAGCUGCGCUGUCAGGGGAACGAAUCGACUCUGUGGGAGUGUGCCUCAGGAGGGUGGGGACAACACAACUGCAGACACAAGGAGGACGCGGGAGUCGUGUGUUCAGUGCAGUUUUCUUUCAUGAUUGUAUGUUGUUUUGACAUCAAGGAUUUUGAGUUCAAGGAUCUUAGACUGGCUGAAGGCUGCUCUGGACCAAUAGAGGUUCUCUACAAUGGCACCUGGCGUAGUGUCUGCGGCAACAGAAUGACACAGAUUACAGCUUCAGUGAUAUGUCAGCAGCUGAACUGUGAAGAAAGUGCUGCCAUUAGAAAUGCAAAAUCCAGUUCUGAUUACAAAUGGCUUGAUGGAGUGAACUGCCGAAGACACGACUCUACACUGUGGCAGUGUCCAUCCUUACCCUGGGGUCAGACAAAUUGCUUUAACUAUGAGGUGGCUGCGAUUGAGUGCACAGUGAAAGAGAAGCCACCUGUCACCAGCAUACCCAAGUCAUGUUCUGAAGACCUCACUCAAGAGCACUGCACAGAGCCAGCAGAGCUGAGGCUAGCUGGAAGCUCAAGUCCCUGGGGGACAGUCUGCGAUGACUCCUGGGACCUGAAGGACGCCCAGGUGGUCUGCAGACAACUAGGCUGUGGGUCAGCAGAGAGCACAGGGGGGGGGGUGAGGCUACGUUUGGACAAGGGAACGGCACCAUCUGGCUGGACGAGGUGA